GGUCCAGCAAGUCGUCCCUUGCUGUCUUCGUUGUACAGAGUUCCUUGAGCAGCAGUCCGCCUGCAGGGGAGGCCCCAGAGUCUAGGGCAUGUUGGCAGUUCUGAAGCAGGGACUGGAGAGAUCUCCCUUUGAGGUAGCCUGCCAUGGAGGCCACCCAAUGCAUUGCUGGUGUCCGGGCCACUCAAGACUGCUGCACCAUGAGUCAAGCAACUUUCAGCGGGCGGUCUUCAUCCUUCCCAAAACACACAUAUUUAAAGACACCGCCACUUUUUAAUCAUGCCGCUGGGAGCGGAGGCCAGCUGAUCUUUCGGACAGCGUCGCGCCCCUGCAUUCGGGCCACAAAAGCUGAAGCCUUGGGGGUAGAUUCACAAGCGUCGACAGCGUCAGGACCACCUAGCGUGCCUGUCAGCCUGCCCAUUGAUACAGGGCAAGUCCCAGCAACAGACGAGAGUGUGACCGAUAUUUUCCGUCCGUCACGCCGAAGACGGGCCUCCAGCCCUGUCAAGAUUCCAAAGCCGCUGAUCUUUUCGGGGAGGAAGCCGAUCGACCCUACUCUGCCCCCACUGCCCCGGGGGGCACGGCAGCAGAGGGGUCCGGUGCGGCGGCCGAUCGAGAACAGCAAGCAGAGGAAGGAGCGCCUGCGGCACGCGUUCGGGGUAGCCAAAAAGGUUGAUGACAGCCAGAACAGCGCGCACGCGCAGCGCCUGCUGGAUGAGGUCAGCGAAGCGGAGGGGGGGGAAGGGGUGGCGGCCGCACUGGAGUACUGGUCCAAGUGCCUGGGGGCGUCCCGGCAUGACCUCGCGUUUUUAAUAGGGACACUGCGGCAGAAGCGGCAUUGGGGCCGCACAGUCCAGGUCAUCGAGUGGAUGCUGACAAGCGAGCAGUUCCCAUGUUCCGACAACGAGCACAACCUGCUGAUUGACGCAUACAGCAAGUCAGGGAACGUGCAGGCGGCCAUGGAGGCGUUUGACGAGCGGCCACAGCGGGGGUUCAAGCUGCACACGAGGUCGUUCAACAUCCUGCUCAACUGCUUCGGCCAGCAUGGCAUGGUGCAGGAAGCGGAGGACCUCUGGCAGCGGAUGGCGGAGAGCAAAGUUGUUCCUGACAUGGUCACGUACAACACCAUGCUCGACCUCUACUGCCGGCAGCGGCUGGUGGAAAAGGCCGAGGCGCACCUCGCACGGCUCCGCGCACACGGCCAGCCUAGCGUGAUCACGUACACGUGCCUUAUCGGCAUGUAUUCUAGCAUCGGCGACCAGGCCGGCGCAGAAGCGCUCCUCCGCGAGGCCGAAGAAAGUGGCACGGCCAUGGACGCCAGCAUAUAUACGACCUUGCUGACCGCUUAUGCGCGGCUGGGCUUGGUCCCGGAGGCGCAGCGCAUGCUGGAGCGCAUGGAGAGCCGCGGCCUGGAGCUGGACCUGCUGGCCUACAACGGGCUGCUGAACGCGUAUGUUAAGGCGCACGAGUAUACGCGUGCGGAUAUUCUGCUGUUCACGGAGAUGAAGCGGAAGGGCAUCCGGCCGAACAGGGCGAGCUACCACACGCUGCUGUCGGGGUACGCCAAGGCGGGGCUGUACAAGCAGGCGGAGCAGGUGCUGACGUACAUGGAGAUGGCGGGGAUCAAGGCGGAGCUGUACACGUACACCAUUCUGAUCCAGGCGUACGCCAACAGCAAGCAGCCCGGGCGCGCCAUGGCCAUCUACGCGCGCCUCAAGGACAACAACAUCGAGCCGGACCAGGCCGUGUUCCAGAUGAUGCUGGACGCGUUCAGCAAGGCGGGGCUGGUCGAGUUCGCGGAGCGCGUGGUGCACGCGAUGCGCAGCCACGGGUACGAGGCGAACGCAUACACCAUGGUGGAGCUCAUCCACCUCUACUGCAGGGCAAGGGACGUGCCCCGUGCGGAGAUCGCAUUUCAGGCUAUGCGCAGCAAGGGGCUGCUCAAAGGCCCUUUUAUUUCGGACGCGUACAACGGGCUCAUCAACGCUUACGCCAAGAUGGGCAUGGCGGCCAAGGCAAUGGACGCCUUUCGGGAGCUACUUCGGCACGCAGAGCGAUUCGGUGGGCGGAUCAACAACUCUGUGUGCGCCUCACUAAAAUUUGCUAUAUUGGACCACCCCGAGUUCAACGGGGAGGCUGACGAGUUGAUAAAGCAGGCCAAGAAGUGGAAUAUGCUAGCGGAAGCUCAAGGCCCGGGGCACCGGGACGGUAGGGACGGGUUCAAUGUGCAGUCACCGAAAUUGCCCCGGGCGAGGGAAACGAUUUUUGGGGUUUCAUCGAGGUCGCCACCUCAUGUGUAUAGGAGACGAGACAGCGUCGCGGAAGAAAGAAAACACGCACUAUAAUUCAAAGUCUGUCGUUUGUUAGGAAUUCAUGACUGUGGUCAUUGCAAGCUGCUUACUGUACAUGAUUGCGGGGCCAAUUAUAGUCGGGCUGCAUGCCUUGGGGAUUUAGUAUACCAGCGCCUUUACUCAUGCCGCAUCGAUUAAGUGCCUAGAUUUACAGGAAAGGAAGAAAAUGCAGAAGGCCAUGGUUCAGAUAAUGAACUGACUCAUCAAGGCGUCCUGCACUGAGGUUUGCAUACUAC